CAAAGCGACCAUGCACACGCUAGUUCUUAACCUUCUAAUAGGUCACUACUCGGAUGUAAACAAGAGUGAUUCUUAGUAUUAUCUUCUAGAUGUGAAACGUAGAACGACAUCGGUUAAACAUAUAACACAGUGUAGUAAUAUAUUACGCUAUCAUGUCUAAGUGGAGUCGUAACAAUAUGCAGCGAAGUUCUCGGGAACAGAAGGAUUGUAUUGGUGACUCUCAUAACAACAUCGCUAAAGUGAAAAUAUUUGAUACAGUUACGGAAAUAUUCAAAGACAGAAUCGACAGUGAUGUGAUACGAUUGAUUCUAGAAGAAAGCCAAUGGAAAGAGGAGACAGCCAUAGAGAAACUGAUUCAAAUAGCAAGCACUGUUGAGCCAUCCAUCAUUUAUAAUGAUACAAAGCCAAAGGUUGAUCUCGCAAUAAUUGCUUGCAGCCUAUUAGAAGAUGAAAAGGUAGAUGGGUCAGGAGCAGAGGAAGUUGCACCACCACUGAGUGACAGUGUGAUGGAUAGUAGCAAAAAGGUUUCUGGUUCUGGGAAGUUUUGUACAUUUGAUCCAGAGGCUAUUGCAACAGCCGAACAAUCAGUUUUGGCCAUGUACGAUGAUAUACUGAAAAGCAGCAAUUUUUUUUCAUCCAGUCAAGAGGAACAUGGACCUAGAAUGUUUAGCCAUGACAAUAGCACUGAGAUUUCUCUAAACGAGAUGUGUUGUAAUUCUGACUUGCUGAGUGAUUCAGGCAAGAGCAAGACACAUUUUUCACCAGAGUACUCUCAAGUGAGUUUUGACAGCUCUGAAAAUACAUACCAUAAAAAGACAAAGAUUUUUAGCAGUGGGCAUUGCCCUGAGACCCAGAACACCUGUGGGAGUAUAGGCCUCACAGAUAAAGAUAAAGAUUUGUCUUCUUUUUCUUCACACGAACUUACAUUUGUGUCUACACCCAGUGAUUCUGAUGAAAAUACUUGCAGCACGGAUAGCAGCUUUGUUGAAGAAUUGGAAUUGCCUACCCAGAACCAAGAUAGUACUUAUGGGGGACAAGAUUCAUUAUCUCAGCUUCUAAUUAUAAGCGGAGAUGCUGUCAGUCAUGACGGCACAUUUCCUACUGCUGAGGAAGUGAAAACCAAAUUCUCAGAUGAUGUGCUGGAGUGUGUGAGUCCUACUGUAGAUAAACCUAUUAAGUUAACAGUAGAUACUAGGCAAGAAAAGUCAGAUUUGAAGAACUUUUUUGUCAAUGAAAACAGAAAAGAGGAAAUCAUGGCAUCAGAAAAUGAAUCAACUGAAGAGCCAGCUGCUAAUACAUUUCUCAGUGCUGAGGCUCCUGAAUUUGUGCCUGCUUUUUUUUCAUCAUCAUCUUCAAUGUUUUCUAACAUCCAUUUAAUCCCAGUAACAGAAUCCCUUCAUCCAUCUUACAUACCAGUUCAAUAUUCAUGCUACCCACCCAGAAUUACCCAAGAGCCACCAUAUGCACAAGUUGCACAAAAUACUGCCAACUUUUACAGCCAGGUAUCAUCAAGGAAUGUUGCUCUCAAGAACUUAGUUGGCAGAAAUGUUCGCCAAGUGCCUCUGAAUUACACAGCUGCUGUAAAAAGUUCUGAUCAUUGUGUACUUGGAAAUGCAGCUAGCAAAGCUCAGCCUCCCGUGUUUGAUGUGCCACCAAGUUCUGAAUUUGAAAGAAUCAAACAGCUUGUUCAGCAUGGAGGCAAACUCAUGGUCAUCAUGAGAGGACUACCAGGGAGUGGAAAAUCUCAUCUGGCAAGGCAAAUUCAGGGAAAUGGACAGGUGUUCUCAACAGAUGAUUAUUUUCUACAGAAUGGAGUGUAUCAUUAUUCUCAAGAAAAUUUAUCUGAAGCUCAUGCUUGGAAUAAGAAAAGAGUAAAGGAUGCUCUCGAUCAGGGAGUUAUGCCAGUCAUUGUUGACAACACUAACAUGAUGAUAUGGGAACUGCUACCUUAUGCACAGCUGGCAAAUGCAAGAGGAUAUGAAGUAGAAAUUUUAGAACCAUUCACUCCAUGGAGAUGGCAGCCAAAGCGCUUGGCAAAAUAUAACUGUCAUGGAGUUUCAAUUGAGGCUAUCAAAAAGAUGAAAGAUCGUUUUGAAGUUCUGGAUACCUCUGGCUUAAAAACUUUGCUGAAAAACACAAAGAGGGAAUUAGAUGUACCUAGUUCAAAAUUGCCAGUUGCUCAUUCCUGUCCUGAAAAGGAUAAACCAGCAAAUCCCAGAUGGUCAAGCACGUCACAGCUUCAGGAAUACUUGCAGCCUCUCCAACAGGAAAACAGUGAUUCUAGUCAUGCUAGCAACAUGCUAGAGAUGAAAAAACCAUCUAAAAAGUCUAAAAAGAAGAAGAAAACCAGAGAGCAUCAGGGAGAGACUUUAAAGGCAUGGGAGUACAUACAUGACUUACUUCAGCGAGGAGCCACAGAUGAAGAGAUUGAUAACAUAAUCUACAUUUCUCAGUUUACUGAUGCUGAAAAGCAAGAAGUACAAAGACAAAGAAAGAAUCUGAAGAGGUUGGCAGGGACUAAAAUCACUGAUGCACAGUCUGUGAAUGAUGGUAGAACUGCAGAACAGCUGGUAGUAGUCACGAUUCUGUUUCAACAAACACAGAAGAUAGAUCCAUGUGGAGAAGGUGUUAUCAACAUAGCACCAUUCAAGAUCAUCCCCACAGAUCAUACCAUGUCAAAAGAAAGCAGCAAUGAAGAUAUCAGAAAGAGUGAUGACAACUCUGAUAUGAUCGCUGAAACCAGUACAGGAUCUGAAGACUCAGCCAGUGAAAUUAGUCACAAAGAUAAAAUGGGAACAGGACCUCAGGCAUUGGAAAAUGAUAUGGGGAGCAAUGACUUGGAGAAGUUUGCUUCAAGUUGUCAUGAUAAGACUGAUGAAAAUGGAUGGACAGGAUUUUCUGAGUUCCACUGGAGAUUUUUUUCUACAGAAGGUCAUGUUCAUGUGGCCUCAUCGCAGACCGAAGUUAAAGACUUCAGCAUGCUCUUCAUGGUGACCAGCAUGCCAUAUAAUGCACCUCCUUUGGGAGAAGGGUACCACUGUCUGUGUGGGAAAGGGCGGUUUAUUUCAUCAGGAUCUACGAACACCAUGACAGCAUCAAAUUCUAGACUAAAGCUUAUGUUAGACAAAGGAACAAGUGUUGAUGAUGCAUUGGUCCAGGUGGAACCUAAUCUGGAAAUUCUGCAGAGCUGUUUUCCUGAGGUUGCUGCAGGUCACUUACACGAAGUGCUGGAAGUAUGCCAAGGAGAUAUGGAGUGGGCCACCAACCUUAUUCUGGACUGGGGAGUCUCCACCCCAUUCACAGUCAAUGAUAAACACCAGUUGCGUCAGGAAAUGGCCAAGCAUCAUAAAUUGAGUGCUGUGGUUUCUGAAACAUCCUCACCUACCAUGCUUGAUGAUGUUAGAAAAUCAUUUCAGCCAGCAUCUCUUUUUGAACUGUGUCAAGGGCAGCUGAUCAAGGCAGGCAGCACAAUCAUUAAAGAUGACUUGCAAUGCCGAGUGAUCAGUAGUGGCUACCAGCGGCUUCAGCGCAUUCAAAGUCUUGAGCAGGAGCGAGCAAAGAAUAUCGGCUGGGGUGAACAUAACAUUCUAGAAUCAUUAGACAAAUUUUCUGCUCCAAACAAAGUGCAGGAACUCCCUGGUUUAACAUCUACUAGAACCUCUGAAGAAACUGCGAAGGCAGCAUCUGCCAUCCCCAACCUAGAGCAGAAGAGGAUAAAAGAUCUCGCAGAAGAGGUGCUAUCACUUUCAAGUUCUCAGAGCUCAUCCAAAAGUGGAUCUCUGGAUGAUUUGCAGGCUGCUGGAGCUGAUUUUAAAUCAUCUCCAGUUGCAAAGAAAGCUUUAGAUACAGUUGAUAUUUCAUCAUCCAGCGGGUUACCCAUCAGAGGAGUACAGACAGUAUCCAACAUUGAUGCUGAAAAAGAUUUAUCCGUUACUGUAUCCCAUGAUGUUAUUAAAAAUCUAGAGCAAUUGUUUGGACCCUUACCAGUCCCCCAUGAUGGAAGUGGUGUAAAGGUAGUGGUUCAUCCCAGUACAGCAAAGCACUUGCAUUCCUGGAUGGAACUAUCGAUAUUACAGCAACAGACACCUGAAGAAUUCAGUCGAAUCCAGCAGCUUAGGGAAGAUGAAGCACUUGCUCAGAAACUCCAGUCACUGGAAGAGACAAGGGUGACAGCUCCCCAGCCUGCCUCUACAAAUCUACCACGGAAACAGCCAAAGAAAUCAGCUUCCAGAAUGAUGUCUGCAAAACAGUCAUCCGCUCCUGUCAACCUCCUGGACAUUAUGGAGGAAGAGAUGGCAAGACAAGAAAUGAGGGAAUCUAUGCUGAAGCAGCUUGAAGCCUCAGGAAAUCACCUAGCAAUAGCAACAAAGCUGAAGAGAGAAAAACUAUACAAGCAUUUUCCAGGAAUUGACGAGUCUUUCCUCGAAGAGAUCUUUCAAGCCAACAGCUAUUGCUUGGAGACAACUGUCAGCGUGAUUGAAGUUGCACUUGGUGAUAAGCAGCCUGUGUCAACCAAAUUAAACAUGUCAGCAGCUUCAAGCAAGAACUUUGAUGCAGAUUCUGAACAGCAAGAAGAUAUAGAGAUGGUAAAGCAGCAAAGUAUUUUUGACUUGGUCAAUACAGCUUGGAAUGGUGAUAUGAAUCAGCAGCCUGGUGCACAAAAUAGCGAAGAAUUUGAUUACCAUAUACUACGACAGGAGUCCUAUGUCCAUCAUCGUAUGAGAAGCGAAUGCUUUGAAAAAGCACAAGAAGCUUACCGCCGUGGCAUGAGGGAAGUGGCAAUCUUUUAUUCACAAGAGGGACAUCGACAUACUCAGCUGAUGCAGGAUGCAAACAUGAGAGCAUCACAGAAAAUUCUGGACGCCAGGAAAGUAAGACUGGAUCAGGAAAUGGUUCUUGACCUCCAUGGCCUUCACACUGAUGAAGCUGUUGCAGCUUUAAAACAAGUAAUUGCAGAAAAAGAAAAAGAGUUUCAGCAGAAGCCAGUGCACAAUCGGCAGUUUUUGUAUGUCAUCACAGGUCGAGGCAAGCAUAGUCACAAUGGUGUUUCUCGCCUGAGACCUGCAGUUACAGAAUACCUGUCUUCAUCAGGCCACAGAUUCGUUGGUGUCCAUCCUGGAAUGUUGAAAGUAUCGAUAUAUUCAGCUUCUUGAAAUAGCUCAGCUGUAUUAUAUGGUCAGAAAUGAACAUAUUCAUGGAGACUGUAAUGAUAUUCUUUUGCAUUCACACAUAAAUUUGUGAGGGAACAGUUUCAACGGGGGUUUUUCCCCUAGUCAAGCACAUGUUCUUCUGGGUGUUUCCUUUUCUUAAAAAGCAGCAUUUUGUUAUGAAAGUUUUUUAAUCUUUUUUAGACGAUAUUUUCAUAGGGCAGCAAAUAUACAGUCCCUCUGGAUUUAACAGAUUUGAAGUCUAGUUUAAUUAACAAUAAGUGACUUUAAAGUAUUGGUAAAGAAACUUGGAUGUUGUAACUUCUACAUCAUCGUCUGACAAAUUUGUAAAAUUCAGAGAGGAUGUCGGGUGGUCCUAACAUCAAAAGGGACUGUCUUUUUAUAUUGUUUUGCAAUAUCUUUUUAUCACUUGGUACAUUGUUACCAUGUUAUAACAUAAUUUGUUAUAUAUAACUUAAGAGACAGCAUGUAUUUGCAGUGAAAAUGGUGUAAGUAUUCUUUAUUGCCUAGAAGUUGCCUGUUUUAUAUGCCACAGACAACAUUAUAUCAAACCUAAAAUCUAAAAUAAACAUUUUUGAUGGCUUGUAUGGGCAGGCAGUAGGGGUAGAGUCUGCAUGCUUGCUUGUUGCAGAAGGGGUGUCAUGCUGCACCAUCUGGUAUCAAGAUCUGCGCAUGAACUCAUAAAGUAAAAUAAAAGCACACAUAGAAAAUGGGCAUUUUUUUUUUUUUAACAGUAUAACAAUUCUUGCAAGUUCACAAAAUUGUACUUGUUGACUUGUCUACUUUAUUUCAGAAGACAUUUGAAUCAUUACUCUCUGAGAACUUCGACAGGUUUUGCCACGCAGAUGACACUUAUUUCAUCAUAAUCUGUAUAAGUGAGAUUACUGCUGUUUAAAAAAAAAGUUGCUGCACUUGUGCUUUCUCCUAUAAACUGUGUCAACAGUGUUUCACCAAGGCCUGUUUAGAACUACAUAAAAUGACAUGGCAAUUUUAUGUCAGAGGUACUAAAUAAGAAAUGAAAUUCUUUGUGAAUGCAAUUUUUUUUUAAAUGUAGCUUUAUUCUGUGCAAAAUGCUGGCAUGUUUGUCGCAUUAGAAGUGUCAUGUUUGGCUCCAGUUUCGACUGAUCUGAUUGAUGGGAUUCUUUUUUCAAUUUUUGCUAUAGUUUUAAUAAAAACUUAUACAUCUGCAGCAAUGUUUGUGCAAUCUCCAUAGCUGGGGUUGCAUGAUUGCGCCUGCAGGCAUCUUCUGCUCAAGAAGGGUGGGUUGCUUUUUGCACUUAUCCCAUUUGGUGGGGAACAUCAUCAUUACAAUGGAGGAGUUGUAUAUGUGAUCACCCCCUCCAUUUUCUCAUGGUAACUACAGUAUUAAGGUGAAUAACUGAAAAUAUGAUUUCAUGUUGCCAUAUAUUGUGUACUGCAGAGCUACACACUUCAGAAACAGUAUGAAUCUGCCACAGUGAUGGGCCCAAAAUGCAUGGAAACACAAAUAGACAUGUACACAUGCGCAAGCUCCAGCCUCUCUGGUAACACAUCCCAUUUGAUUGAUGUUAUAAAUAAUUACAUGGAGAACUAGACUUCGAUGUAGACAUCUUAUUUUUUUAAAUUUUUAUAUAUGCCCUGUGUUGAUGUUUUUAAUGUAAAGAGAUGUGCUAAUGUGACUGUCGGGAGACAGCAAUUUCUUGAAAUGGAUUAAAAGAUAUUUUAUAUCUGAAGGUCGUUUAGUCAUCCAUAUGGAUGUCCCAUAAUGUUAUAAUUUAGUCUUCAAAUUAUGUUUAGGUCUUCAUCUUUCAUAGUAUAUAAGCAAAAUUGUAUAAAUUAAGUGACAUUGAUGUCGUUUUUUUAUAUAUUGAUACAAAACUUCAGUCUAUGGGGUAAAGUCAAGAAGAUGGAGCUUUGUACAGAUUAUGUAAAGUAUAUGUAUAGAUGGUUAUGUGAAGUUAUGCUUAAGGGUGAAGGUUAAGACUGAUACAGGUAUAAAAUAUUUUUCUAUGGUAUAGUAUAUGCAUCACUUCUGCACCUCAAAAAGUGGGAUUUUUUUUUUUUUUUUUGCAUUAUACAGUACUAAUUACUAGAGGUUUAAUAAUAAUAUGUUGUUUUGUGUAGCGCUUUUCCCCACUGUUCAGGUGAGUACAAGCUGUACAAAUCUCUGAUAGUAAUGAUCCUGCUAUAUGGAUGUGACUCAUGCUUCGCCGAAACGGAAAGGAGAAUCCAGGCAUUUCGAGAACAAGUGUCUAAGAAGGCUGCUCCAGAUCUCUACAUACAGGAAAUAUAGAACCAACAACUUUGUACACAACAAGAUUGCCACACUGGUAGAACACAAGGAACCUCUACCUUCAACUGUCAGGCAACAUAAGAUGGUCUUUGGCCAUGUGAACCAGCGCAACACCUUGUUGAAGACUGUCCUUCAAGGCAUCUUGGAGGGGAGUCAGUGCCACAGUGGCCAGAGGAAAAACUGAGUUACAAACGUGAAGACUAGACUGGUCAUCCUGUACAGGACUUUCUGCAUGACUUGCUCUCUAUUGCCCAAAAUAGGCAAGAGUUGAGUGGUCCUGUCAGCUGCCACGUCUAUCCAUGUGCUCUCCCAACAACAGAUGCCGGUCAAGGGAUGACUAUCAGUAUGAGGUGACCUAAUCAGUUAGAAAAUUUAAAAACUGCAUUUCAUAAGUAUUUCAUGAUCUUAGUAAAAGGCAAGUGGCAAAUGCUUUAGAUAUUUUGGGAGAGAACUGGUAGGAGUAAUGUAUGUCCAGUUUUUUCAACUCUGUUACCAAAAGUAUAUACUGCUUUUAAUGUUUUUUCAUGAGGGAAUCUAUGUAAAUGUAACCUUUUAUAAAAAUGUUACACAUCUGAAACUGCUGCUUAACCAUGACAGGGCAUUCGUUGCUUGUUCCACAUGUACACCAGUCUCUCCUAGCACCAAUAUUAAAAUGUUCCUUCUAGUCAGUGAUCAUUGUAGUAAAUUUACUGAAGUAUUCAUUUGGUUUGCUGAUUUUAUAUUUAAGAAAUGAGCUGAAAAUUGUAGCUGUAUGUUGGAGAUAGAGAGAAGUGACAUCUUAAAAUAUUUUUAGACCAGGAUUCAGAUUUUAAAUCAUCUGCUGUUAUUUGAAAUUUUACAAUUUAUACCAAAUUUCAUGAGUGACAUUCUUGCCUUUAUUUAUCAAACUGUAUUUUCUCAGGCCCAUUUGUAUUUAUUAUUACAAGUUUGUUACAGGCAUUUUGUUCAAUGUGCUGCUGAAUGAAAAAAAAAAAAGAAAACAUAUAUAAUAAAUUAUCAAUGCCUGUA